AUGGUCAAGCUGUUUUCGAGAAAGAUCGACCAGGUGGCGGAGGGAGCAAGUGUGGGAGGGGGUGCCGACCACGAGGGAGGAGGCGAGAAGACGGGACGCGGCGUGAUUGAGUACAACGUCGAGGAGGAGGAGGAGAUCGAGGAGGAUACAUCGAGGCAGGCUCAGCACGGGGCGAGCGGCCCGCGCGGCGAUGCGAACCAGGACGAGGACUCGAGCUCGGAAUCGAGCUCCGGCUCGAGCUCGAGCGAUGAGUCGGUCGAGGACGACGGCGAGGGCGCCGGACAUCGAACGGAGCGUACGGGGGAGCACGGAGUGGCGCUCGGGGAGCGGGUGGACGAGCUAGUAGAGCUAAUCGAGCAGCAGACGACAGGGAAAACAAAGGCUGUCGAGGAGCAGGAGGGCGGAGCGGCUGCGCAGGAGGGUGGGGUCGGAGGGCAGCAGCAGGUGGUGGGCGAGGCGGCUGCGCAGGAGGGCGGGGCAGGAGGGCAGCAGCAGGAGGGCGUGGCGGCUGCGCAGGAGGGUGGGGCAAGAGUGCAGCAGCAGGAGUUUAGGGUUGCGGCUGCGCGGGUGAGUGGGUUGGGAGGGCAGGAGCAGGAGGUCGGGGAGGCUGUUGAGGAGUAUCGUCGAGGAGAUGAGCGACAGGCCGCCGUAACAAGGAGUCACCGCACGGCCAGUGGCAGCGGACAGGCGGGCCCUUCGACCGGGUGGCCUUCGACGGCAGGCCAAUCGACGGCGAACGUUGCACCCGGAGGCCAGGUCGUCGAGGCUGUGAAGGGUGUCACGGCGGAGAGGAACCUGUUGGAAGGGGCGCGGGCGAAGAUCGACGAGAUGAGCGGGAAGAUCAUCGAGGGGGUGGUAGCCGCCAUCACAAAAGCGAGCGAGGACGCCGUCGAGAAGCAGCUCAAGCAGGUCGAGGAGCGGCUGGUUGCUGCGGUGAUGAAGGGUUUCGAGAAAGCCAUCAUGGAGGACAUGUUUUUCUCCACCCUCCCACCCGAGACCAUGAAGGAGCUGAAGGACAUUGUGAGGGAAGGAUACCAAGAAGCCGAAGCAGGGAGGUUGGAAGUCCUCACCGAAGCGAUGGCGAGAGGUUUUCAGCGCUCGGCGGGCCCGUCGACGAGGUCGCGUCAGGAGGGUGUGGGAGGGGUUCGCAGCGGGGCUGAGCCUCGAGGUCACGAGCGGUCGGUUCCUCCGUCUUCUUCGGUGGGAGGACAUGUCGGCAGCCCGGUUGGAUCCCCACCGGCGCGUGGCCGUCAUCCCGUCGCCAAGCCCAUCCCCGAAGUCAUCGUACUCGACCAGUCAGCCCUCCCGAAGACCUCCGUAGCGGCUCCGAUCGAUCAACCUGAUGCGUUUGCUUCGAUGCGGGACAUGCUGCAAGACCUGGGGAAAACGGGCGGAAAAGGAGUGGUCGCGGGGGAGAAAAGUGGCGGCGGAGCAGGGAAAGGAGCGGGAGAAGCAAGCGCUGGGUUGCUGUCGAAGCCUAAAGCGUCAUCAGCUGCGCACGGCGGUGGUGCUGGCCUUGCUGCCGGGCUUGUGGGAAAUUGGGCGUCUUCUUCAACCCCUCCAGUUGCUCCUAUCGCCGCUGCUCCGUCCCUAGGCAACGUUUGCCUUAGCGAUCCGGGCUCCCCUUCAAAGUCGAAGAAGAAGCCGGCUGCGACGAAGUCGUCGAAGCGCGCUGCACACGCGACAGAGAGCCGUGACGUGGUGGAGCUGGCCAGCGUCCCUGGUCAGGCGCCUGUCGAGAAGACCUCUAUUGUCGUUGCUGCUCGACAGGAAAAGGCGAAGAAGGCCAGGGUCACGGGUCACACCCCACCUCCUCGACCGGACGACCAAGGCAAGACGAGAGGCUGCAAACGUCCCUUCAAAGGACCGGGUUUCGGGUUGCGGAAGGGGAAGCUGGUUUCCGAGCAGACCGUCGGCGGGAGGAAGCGGUUCCUUGGCACAUUUGAAACAGAGAAGGACCAGAAGUUCUGUACGGCCGUCUGCUGGCGCGUGUACUUCCCUGACGUUGUCCUUACGGAGUACGAAGGGUACACGGCGCAGGAUGAGGAGGACUGGAAGGUGUACCUCGAUGCGGCCGCAGAAAUGCCAACCGGCGUUUGGAGCAUGGCGCAAGAACAAGGGGAAUGCCGUUUCGAGGAUUACCUGUCGCUGUUGGCGACGGCAAAAAAGGAAGCGAAAGCUGGGACCAAGAGGGGCAUCGCGCUGUGCGUGGCGAUUGGUAAGGUCGCGUCGCUUGGCCUGAAGCACGGGAAUCUGAUUUACCCGGUCCCGAAGGGCAUGGCGGCGACACCGCACAUGAUGGCCAUCGCAGCAACUGUGGCGAGCUUGUGGGCAGCUUGCAGGAAGUUGUCGAGGGAGGAUAUUAAGAAGGACGCCCUAGCUGCCGCAAACGCGGCGAUCUACGCCCCAGAGACUGCAAAGAAGGCUUGUGUGGCUGCCAUGUCCGCACUCGUGUCCAUACUUUUGCACGUCGGCAAGACGUUCCCGGCGAAGCAGUGGCCCGAUCACCUGUAUACGUCGGCUGUCGAAGGUCUCGGCUCGACGGACGCCAUAUUGCUGCAGAUGCUGCGCGUGGCAGCACAGGUCUGUACGCAAUGGUGCUGCUGUCGAGCUGCUGCUCGCUUGCUGGAGGACGCGGGCUAUGGCAGCCUGGCUAUGCCAGAAGAAAAGAGCAAGGCGAAGCAGGGCGUCGAGGAUGCAGCUGAGACGGAAACGAGCGGGCAAGGGGAGUAG